GUGAUCGUGAUUUGAGAUGAUCAGACGGCUAAUAUGAUAAUUCCAGACGUUUCUCAUGAGCAACCGUCCUAAGCAAGACACAGGUGAUGUCCUCAACCGGUCUUUUUCCCGCCUUUCUCGGAACACAUAAAUAAGGUGAGAGUGCAGCGUGUUGGGCGAGCCAACAAACGAGAUAUCCGACUUCUUCGGCAGAGGAGGGUAAAGGGAGAACGACGCCAUAUCGCAGGAUCCCAGGUCCUUCGAUCUCUCUCCUUCUAAUUGGCUAGAUCAUGAUGUAAUGAUCUCCUCUUCCAGUCGUCUUCACCAGGACUGGAGCGGAAAGAGAGAAUGACGCCAAGAUCCUAAGGUCCUUUGAUCUCUCUCCCUCUCAUCGGACAGGAGCAUAAAGAUAGGAGGUGGCACCACAAAGAUCAAGUUUCAAUCUCACUACAGUCUGACCUGUUCAAGCAAAGAAAUGGCAGAACAAGAGAGAGGUGCUCCUACUUCUGCUCCAAAAAUGAAAAGUCCAUCAAUAGAAGAAGAUUUUGAAAAGGAUUUCCUCAUCUCAUGGAAAUCAUCAAAACCAGGAAAACAGGCGAUGGAUCUUGAUGUGGAAACAGUCCCCCAAAAUAGAAAAAGUUCCUUUAACUUUGACAAACUUGAUGACUUUGAUCUUGGUGGUGACUUUGGAAAGUUGUCAUCUUUUGGAAUGGAUAUCUCCGAUCUGGACUUCUCUAUUCCACUCAAGAAGACUGCAAAUGCCAAUGAACAAGAAUCUCUCCCCAGAAAGCAAGACCUGAAGAAAGAGAAAUUCUCCUUUGCAUUUGAUUUUAAUGUGUUGGAUAAGUUUGAUCUUGAUACAAAAUUGGUGAAAACUGCAACGGGUUCCAGUAAAUGCAUGGAUGAUGGCGGGCCUCAUUGUUCUGAUGAAAUGCGUAAGCAUGAAAGUUUAUCCACUUCAACAUCUGCUCAUAUGUUGGAGCCUGAUGGACCAUAUCAUGCUGUCAUUAGACAUGGUUCAGCACAAGAAGCACUUUGUCAAGGUCAUAAAGAACUGCUCUGUCUGGAUUCUGUAAAGAAUGACACCUCCAAAGAAAAAGAUAGUGGUGUGAGAUUGCUUGAUGGUUUACAAUCUGGUAACUCUAGUCCUGUAAAGUUGUCCAACUCGAGGUGCUGCCCACCAAAUAAUAUCACAGGAUCACAAGAUUGCAGUAGCACACUUCAGAAUCAUGAGGUUGAUGAACAUGUUAUAACUGAAGGAAGUAAACCCACAGAUCAUUCAAUUCAAGUUGACAAUGAAGCUUCACGAAAUUCUGUCAAGGAGGUCACGAAUAAACAUUUUGAUGCUUCUUGUUUUCAAUUUCCCAUUUCUAAGAUUCCUGGUGGGGCUACUUCAAUCAUUAAUGCAAAGAGUACCAUGCCUAAUCUUCUUUCAGCUGCAUCUGUGAAUAGGCCUGAGAACAGUUUUCUUGAAGUCCAGAACAUAUCGCAAAAGGAUGAUAAAAAUCAUCUACCUAACUCGAUGACUUCAAGGAUUAAGGAAAACAGCAAUAUAGCAAACUCUUCAUCUAAUGGAGUCAUAAAUACAAUUAUAGUUUCGGAGAGAAACUUGACAUUGAAGAGGAAGACUUCCAAGGAAUCGUUGACAGAUCCAAAGGCCUUCAGUACAUUAAAACACAUCAAUUCUUCACCCAAGGGAAGGGUUACUUCAACCGGUUCUGCAAAGAUUAUCAUGCCCAAUUUUCUUUCAACCGCAUCUAUGAGUAGCCCAAAGAACAUUCCUUUUGAGGGCCAACAUAUAUUUCAGAAGGAUGGUAAAAAACAUCUACCUGGCUUGAUGACUUCAAGAAUGAGAAAAGAGAACAGCAGCAUAGCAAAUUUCUCAAUGGGCAAAGGAAGAAACACAGUUGGAGGAACAGAGGGAAACUUAGCGUCCAACUUGGUCAUCUCUCCUAUGACAGACAAGCCUGUGUUGUUAAGCCCAUCUCUGAAGAUGAAGACUCUCAAGGAGCCAUUGACAGAUCCAAAGGCCUUCAAUACAUCUAAACAAAUUGGCUCUUCACCUGAAAGGAUAUCAUUAGUAAUCUCCCCAGGAUCUGACACUGAAAUGGUACAAAGGGAAGAAAAUCCAGAAAGUUCUAGAAAUGAUGCUUCUUUUCAGAAUCUAUGUUCUCUAAAUGGUGCUUCUGAGCUAGAAAACAUGGACAUUGAAGUGCCUGUACAAAUAGAAGACCAUGGAAAUGUAGAGAAAGCUGAAUCUUGUUCAAAGGAGCUAGAUGAUCUAUGCAACAUGCUCAAAAAGAAACAUGACGAAGCGAAGGAGUUAAUGGUUCGUGCUGUCGUCAUCAACAACAAACUGCUGAUGCUGAACCAUCCCAUGAUCGAGGAGAAGAUAUCCUUCUGUCUCUAUGAUCUCUUCUUUCUCGUUCCCAGGUGCAAUUAUAACUGGGUGGCUCACCACCUCGAGAAACCCACAACAUGAAGUGAAGAUGAAUUGGUCUUCCCCUAGCAAUCCACCCAAAGAAAAGUGACAAUCUAGAAUUCGCUUAUAUGAUGGACUGCUCAGAAUUGAUAUAUCUUCAGGUUUCAGUGAUGACAUUCGGAUUUGGAAGUACCACCAAAUCUGCAGCUCUAUUCUUGCAAUCUCUACACUUUCAUUCUUUAGAGAAGUGGGAUGCACAACAUUGUUUGUGGAAAUUUCCAAUCAUGCCCAGUAUAAAGCUAUUCUGCUGGUAGCUUCUGCAUCACUGCUCCCAAACUCUAAUAGGUCAGUACAUCAUUGUAUGUGUGUUUCUAAUGUCCGUUCUUUCUGUAUCAACUGUAGUGAGUCCACUGACCAUAUCUUCUGAUAUUUCUUCGGUAUCAACAGUUGGCAACUUUGAGAGUAUAGGCUAGGUAUCAAAUUUAAAUUUCUUGCUAACUAGAAGGAUUGGGGCCUGGCUCAUAGAACGAGAUGGUGAGUCGCUUUUUAUGUAUGCUGCUUGGAAGGCUGUUAUUGAUACAUCUUUCGGAUGCUAUGAAAGCCCGAAACAAAGGUUUAUUCAAAGGCUCCUGUUGUUCUCCUGGUAUUGGCAAAGUUGCUCUCCUACAGGCUAUGUUGAUAAACCCUUCCUCUGAGGGACCCCCUGAGAAAGACAUUUCAAUGUGAAAUGAGAGAGACAAUACUAGGCUAGUACAAACUAAAUUGUGAUGGAAUGUCGGAUCUUGUAACUGAUGGAGGUAUAGGUUUUGUACUGCAAGGGACUAAUGGAAACUGUAUUUGUAUGUGGCAAUUACCUAAAAAAGAGGGAUAGCUUCUACUUUGAUGUGGCUGCUGUUCUUGAAGACUUGAAACUGGCACUUGAGGAGCAGGUGCCAAUGUUUCAAGUAGAUUCUAAUUCUACAAAUACGAUUGAAUUACUGACCAGAAGAAACUAUUCUCUUUGGAGGAUCAAGAAUGUCAUUUGGAAUAUUUGUCUCCUGGACAAGUUCAAAGACUGUAAUAUGUCCCAUGUAUUCUGAGAAGAAAGCGGAUCUGCCAAUUUUGCUGUUUGAGUAAAAAAGAAAAUGAAGACCUGCCUCCAAAAGACUACCGCUUCUGGUUCAAUUUCAUCAUAAGGCUACCAAUGACCAGUGCAUAAAUUUGUGAGGUAUGUGAAGACUCAAUUCGGAUGCCCUAAGAACACACUUAAAAUAAACCCAUUCCAUCUGGGGAGAAUUAAAUCAAAAUCAUAAAAAAAGAAACUGGGCUACUCAAUCAAAGCCUGAAACAGUUUUUUUUUUUAAUGCCAGCCAAGUCAAUAGAGUUCCUUUUUCCCUUUUAAUUAUUCCCAACUUGUACCCUUUUUUAGUUGAUACCAAGUCCUCAACUCUUGUCAAUAACACUCCCUUCCCAAAUUAACAGAUCCCUUUCCUAAUCUAUCUUUCUAAAUUUUCCAUGAUUAACUUUCCUCAUCCUUUAUCGACUGGUUUGAUUUACCAUGACACACCUCAUGAGUCUAAUGAUGGCCUGAUACAUAAGUCGUAGCAUGGGAACUUUCUGGCUGCCACACACCAACAACAACAUGAUAUAUAAACACACUCAAACAUGCCAACAUUCUCUGUCCUGAAACCAUAUAACAUGCUGACCAGAAAGGAUCAUUAUGGAGCCUACCAACAUAUUAGGCAAUGAAUUCCUUUGCCAAAUCACCCUAUUUCAUCUCCUAAGUUAGCAUCUAUUUAGUGCUCUGACCAGGUCUCCCCAUCUAAUGCUCUAACCCUUUUAAAUAUUUACAACUUGAUACUAUCACAUCUCUUUCACCAGCUGAUCUAUCAUAAAACAUGAGUAAUGGAAGAAUACUCUUAACUUUGCCUUGACCUUGCAUCAAGAUAAAAAAUCAUAAUACAGAGAUUUUCACCACAGCAUAUUGAAUUCAAAUUUAUUAUAUUUAUAUUUUCCUGUUUCAUUUAUGCAAUAAUAGCGUCAAGGAUAACAGAUAAAUGCAGAAGUAAAAAAAGAAAGGAGAAGCACAAAUCAAGAUUAUAGAAAAAUAAAUAUUGGAGAAAAAGAUAAUAAUAACAACAAAUUGACAAAGACAGGUGAACACAAGAACCACAAAUCAGAUCAACAUAGGAAUUCCAUUCACUAGGAAUCAGUGGUCAAAAGCAAUAUACUGUGUAGUGUGUACAAAAAGCCAUAUACUGAUAUCAUAUAUAUUUUUGUUCAAAUUUUUCAAAGUCAAAAGAUGAAUAAUCUUCUAUAAGUCAUUGGAUAUAUAUCAACAGAUCCAGUUAUAACAAAUUAUUUGAGGAUUCAAUCACAUAUAACAGCUCUUGUCCAAUUCCAGUAGAUAGCUCGAGUGGAGAAUCUUGAGGAAGAGAACGAAGCAUAAAGAAUUAAUGCAAUAAAAAACCAUUCACGCAUGACCCAAUUCACAGACCUUUUUUGGUCCAAGAACUGAAGUA